GCCAUGGAAAAAGUUUGCAGGGCUUGCCUGAAAAGUCCAGGAGACGGAAACCUGGUAAACAUUUUCGGUCGAGAGCCCAAACUGGAUGUCUCCAUAGCCGAUAUGAUCACAGAAUGCACCGGAUUCGAAGUAAAUCCAGAUGAUUCGCUCCCCAAGACCAUUUGCCGUUCUUGUCUGCAGGAUACGAAGAAUGCCUUUCAGAUCCGGAAGACCUGCGAGAGGAGCUACCAGUUCUUUUGUCAGGUUCGAGAUGAGGGCAUAGAAGAAGCCAUAUGCGCGUUGCUGGAGGAAGAGGACUGGGAGUUUUCGGAUAAGGAAAGCGAAUGUUCCCCUAAUACUUUAAAAUCGGAAGAGGGUAAAACCAAAGAAGAAACUGUUUCCCUUCCAACGAGCUCUAAGAAAAGGAAACGGAGGAGGCGGAAGAAUGUUCUCCAGGGGACCUGGGUCCAGGGCUAUCAAUGCCCCCAUUGUUCGCGGUCAUGUGUCAAUGAGCAAGUUCUGAAAGUUCACCUUCGGUGUCACACAGGUGAAAAACCCUUCAAGUGCCCACAUUGCCCAAAUUCCUUUGCACAAAAACCCACUCUUGUCUCGCACAUUCGCAUCCACACGGGCGAGCGACCCUUCCAGUGCACCGAGUGCUCCAAGUCCUUCGUAAAGGGUUCAGAUCUCCUGCGGCACAAACGAACCCACGAUGGAGUUCGCCCGCACCAGUGUCCGCAUUGCAAGAAGUUCUUUGCCAGAAAAUCCCAUCUGAGGGAUCAUAUUCGAAUCCAUACGGGCGAGCGGCCCUUCCAGUGCUCCCAGUGUCCGAAAUCGUUUUCCUUAAGCCAAUACCUUCGGGGCCACAUGGCUAUCCAUUCAAAAUCGUUUUCAACAAAAGGGAAGCUUAGCAGGCAUAGUACCACUCACUCUAAGGAUCCCCUUUUUCCAUGUUCUCAAUGCUCGGAGCAAUUUACAAAUCGCUAUGAUCUCGAAGACCAUAUGCUUACCCACUCGAUCCAUAAAUGCUCCCAGUGCUCCAAAAGAUAUAAUAGAAAGGGUCACCUAAAAAGGCACAUGUUAACUCAUAAUAAUCCAAAUUUUAUCUAA